UUAUUUUAAAAGUGAUGUUUAACGAAUUUAAAAUGAAUGGACACUUUCAAUUAUUGAGAGGUCCUACCCUUUGAUCCUCAAAUUCAGUUCAUGUAACCCAAAAGCCUCUCAAAAUUCACGAAAAUGAAAUUUAAAAUACCAUUAUUUUCUUUUAUUUUUCAUUUGAAAAUAUAAACAAAAAGAAAAUUCACAAAGAAAAUGGCACAGCAGAAAGAGAAACAAUUCCUUGAGUGCCACGUCAAUGGGUCCCACUCCAGGUUGUUACUUUAGAAUCGGGCUUCGCAUCUGUUAAAUUGACAAGUGUCAACAUCCGAUCUUCCUCUCUCUCUGUGUGAUAGAACCGCCUCUGCCUUCGCCAUUCCCAGUAACGGACGUUUACUAGAAGCUCAAAACCACCUUCCUACCAUAUAUCUUUUUUUGCUCUUUCGAGUGAAAUAAGAUAAAAUUUUAUUCGGACCAGAAACUCCGACUUUGGUGGCGACUAUUUCGGUGACUCAUUGUCCCACAGCAAAGAAAAAAAAAAAAGAAAAAAGAAACCUCGGAUUUAGACCGAGCGAGUUGCGGUUUGCACCACAUGUUAGUUCCUGAUUCAUAGAGUAAAGAUCUCGUGGUGGCAGUGGAAGUGGGGGCCCAGUCAUGACUGCUGGUGAGGCUAAUCAGUUGAUCUCUGUUCAUCCCAAUGACCUCAAGUUCAUUUUUGAGCUUGAAAAGCAAAGUUUUUGUGAUCUCAAGAUGGUCAACAACACAGAACACCAUGUUGCGUUUAAGGUUAAAACAACUUCACCUAAGAAGUACUUUGUGCGACCAAACACCGGUGUUAUACAGCCUUGGGACUCAUGUGUCAUCAGAGUCACUCUCCAAGCCCAACGGGAAUAUCCUCCAGUUAUGCAAUGCAAAGACAAGUUUCUGCUACAGAGUACUAUUGUGCCUCCAAAUACUGACGUGGAUGAUCUACCAGCAGAUACCUUCAAUAAGGAAAGUGCUAAGGAGAUAGAGGAGUGCAAGCUUAAAGUUUUCUAUAUAUCUCCUUCCGCUCAAGGAAAUUCAGAAGAUGAAGGAUUAAAGAGCUCCACAGAACAAAGCCCUGAUUCAAACUCUGCCGUGCAGCAACUGAAGGAUGAAAGAGAUGCAGCAGUCCGGCAAACACUGCAGCUGCAACAGGAACUGGAUUUUCUGAAGAGGCGAAGACAGCGUCGGAGUGACUCCGGGGGCUUCUCCUUCACAUUCGCAUCCUUUGUGGGACUGAUAGGAAUAAUGGUUGGCUUUCUGUUGAAUCUAUCCUUGUCUUCACCUUCGACAGAGUGAAUAGACAUGUCCUUUACAAGUGUGGAAACAAGCAACUUUGCCGGAUGUCCUGUUGGAUGGAGAGUCAGCCCACUUCCUUUCCUUCCUGUAUAUUUGAUCUUCGCCAUAUUAUGUCUUUGAUCAGCUUGUUUUUCUGAAUGUAUUUUCGUUCAAUUCAUAAGAUUUUCUGAUUGUAUUGUCACGUAUUCUCACAUGACAUUUUUUCAUUAACAUGAAGGUUUAUUAAGAUAUAUAAAAGAUGGGGGCUUUUUUGAAAAUUUGAAAUA